AUGAAAUUUGUUGGUAAGAAUAUGGGUGGCAUUGGAACAACUGCUUCGUUGGAUCCGAGAGCACAAUAUAAACCCGGGAAACGGAACCAACUCGCUUCACUGCUCCCACUGCUCUUCAUUCAUUCAGGCGUGGACAACGGAAACCAGGAGCGCCCGUCCAUCGUUGCCGUCAGUCCUCUCGGUGUUGGACGAAACGGCGCUACUACGUACGAUGUUGCCAGAGAAAUCUUUACCGGUGGCUUCAACGCCAUCAACAACGGUGUCAGCACUUUCUUUCCCAGUGCGCCUGUGACAAUUCAUGCAACUGUUGUAGCCAACAGUGAAGGGAGCGUGGUCACAGAAGCGCCUCAACCUGGACAACCCUUUGCGCAGCACGUAGUGUGCGAUUUCAACAGAGGUGUCGGUGCCUGCGUGUCCCACCUCUUCGAUGACGGAGCACAGAUAACUUUGCCAUUCUCCGGAAGAGUCGUCCCGUUGUUCACAGUGACGGUGGACGAUGUUCCGGGACGAAAUGUGCAACCCACUCCACCUCCUUCGCCUCUGCCUAGUACGCCAGGUGGCCCAGGCUCUCCUGCGAGUGGUUCAGCUAAUUCACCAGGGGUAGUUGGCCCAGGUCCCGCUUCCUCGGUCGCUGCACCCCUUGGUCCGCCGGGACGAAAUGUACAGCCCACUCCGCCUCCUUCUCCUCUGCCUAGUACGCCAGGUGGCCCAGGCUCUCCUGCGAGUGGUUUAGCUAAUUCACCAGGGGCAGCCGGCGCUUCCUCGGUCACUGCACCCCCCGGUCCGGAGGAGUCAAACGGCGCCAUACUAAUGUUGCAUGGGUCACAGUGCCUGUACAUCGUUCUGGUGUUAGUAUUCUCGUUGAAUUUGUUCUGUUAG